GAUAAGAAGUUAUCACAGUGUCGUAAAGUGGUCGUGCCUCAAAAGAAGUAUCCCGGUAAACUCGUCCGCGUUUGUGAAUAGACAAGUCUCACAAAUGGGUUGAAAUAAAACAGAAAUCUUUGCAAUACACCAAACGUGGCCUUUUAGCUAAAAUGAUACUGAUGAAAUAGCUAAGUUAGGUUAGUUGGCUAAAUAGUUUCAUGGCUGUGCCAGUGGUCGCUACAGAGUUGACAGACUAACAAUACGCUGCUGCCGGCUAAAUGGCAUCUUUCAGCGGCGACGGGAUAAACCAUCUGCUGAUGGAGGUGAGCCCAGACAUUCACAUCUGUGGCUUCUGCAAGCAGCAGUACAACAACUUUGAAGUUUUUCUUGCCCACAAACAAAAUGGCUGCCAGAUUCCCACAACAGACAUAUCAUCCCCAAACUCCGGAGCUGCUGGGGCCGGUAUGUCAGAGUCCAUUCAAGAGUUUGCUCUGGAGGAGGCGUUUCAGGCAUGUGUAUCCAAAGUUGUCAAGAAGAGCAUGUCCAAAACACAGAAAACAUCCUCCAAAAAGCUGAAACCUGCACUGGCUCAAAAGAGACACAUUUGCAGCUUCUCAGGUUGUACAUUCAAAACACAGUAUGGCCAGAAAGACAUGGAGAGACACAUGCUAACUCAUACUGGUGAGAGGCCUUUUGAGUGCGAGCUAUGCCACAAGCGCUUCAGCCGUCGGGACAAGCUGAACCUGCACAGCCGGUCGCACACAGGCGAGAAGCCACACCGCUGCAAGCACUGCUCGUACGCAGCCGCUGACAGCAGCAGCCUGAAGAAACACCUGCGCGUGCACUACGACGAGAGACCCUUCAAGUGCCAGAUCUGCCCGUACGCCAGCCGCAACUCCAGCCAGCUCACUGUUCACCUGCGUUCCCACACUGGUGACGCCCCAUUCCAGUGCAGCCAGUGUGACGCCAAGUUCAAAAUCAAUUCGGACCUGAAGCGCCACAGCCGGAUCCACUCGGGUGAGAAGCCCUACCAGUGCGACCUGUGUGAGUACCGCUGUGCCAUGAAGGCCAACCUGAAGUCGCACGUUCAGCUGAAGCACGGCGCAGCAGGCGCCUACAGCUGCCCGGAUUGUGACUUUCGCUGCUCGGCCAAAGCAGCGCUGCGCCGUCACGCCCGCCAGCACCGGCCCGCCCAGCCACUGCAGUGUGCCCAGUGCUCGUACUCAUGCUCCAGCAAGGGGGCGCUCAAGAUUCACGAGCGCGUACACUCGGACGAGCGGCCCUUCGCGUGCGAGCGCUGCCCCUUCGCCAGCAAGCAGCGCAGCAACCUGCUGAUCCACCGCCGCAAGUGCCACGGUGAGAAGGCCGAGGGGCGAGGCAAGGCGGGCCGGGGGGGCGGGGCCGGCGAGGAGCCGCCCAAGCCGCUCAGCCCGCGGUACCGUGCCCGGCUGGAGGCAGCUCGCGCGUUCCGCUGCAACCUGUGCGAUGCGUCAUUCGUACGGGAGGACUCGCUGCGCAGCCAUAAGAGACAGCACGGUAACGGCCAGCAUCAGGGGCUCGGGGAGAAUGCUGCAAUUACACAGGCACAAAGCACGACCAUGUCCUCAGCUAAAGCAACAGUGCAGGACACAGGCCAGGCUUCCUUGGCCUUUGCGGGAAACUCACUUUCUUCUUAUAGCAGCACGCAGCUUAAGAUCAUCGUGGCACCCUCUCUAGGCCCAGAGGGCACAUUCAUCCAGGCUUCAAUGGACGAUCCCUCCUCCAAGCCCAGAGCGGUCCUGCUUAGUUCUGAAGGGCAGGAUGUCCUUCUGAACCCUGUCAUACAGCAGGUCAACUUGUUAACACCAGUGCAGCACAUGGCCCCACCAGCCGAGGGCAGCCUAGAGCAUCAGACAGUGUUACUAACUCACAUCAGUCCCAGUGAAGAAAGUACUCUUCAAGAGAAUCUGCUGCAAACAGCUGUCUCCUCCCAGACCACUGACCCAGCGGAGAGCUUUAUCAGCACCUGUGCUGCACCCUCUACAGACAGCGGCCACACAUUCAUCACAGCCUGCUCGGACCUGGACAGCCUCCAUGCCCUUAUCCAGCAGGGCGGCACCGAGGUCACUGUAGUCACCGAGGGCAGCGCUUCUGUCACUGCAACGUCAGGCCCUGCCUUUUCUCCGCCCCUCGACAUUGACAGGCCGCCUUCUCAGGAUCUACCCAAGCAGUCAGGUGACUGUGUUCCAGAUGAAGAGGGCAGCUUGGUGAUGAACGGUUUGGCUAUGGAGCCCUCUAGCACACUUCUUGUCCACAGUGUUCCCCUGUCCAUCUCCACACAGGACCAGCAGACUCCCAUAUACCAGCUUUCUCCCCACAAUAUUUUCUCAGACUCAAACACAGCAGACAGCAGUGAGGACUGAUCAGAGCACAAGUGCUAAUACAGUUUUUUUAGUCUCCUUUAUUUGUUUACAUUCUAGUAAAGUUUUGUUUUUGUUAGAAGAAUUCAUGGCAUGGAGAUCUCUAAUUUUUAACUAUUAUAGUGUUAGCAGUUGUGGACUAUGGAAUUUAAGUUUUUCGAUAUGAAGUGGACUAUUUUAAUUUAUAUAAAAAUAAAAUGACACAUUUGAGUGAUUAUUUAA